ACCGGCUCCUGCCUGCUGUCCAGGAUGAAACUGAAAAUAGCUGUUUUUCUUUUUCUGUGGUAAGUUUCCUGGUUUUCAGAAACUGGUUUGCUCUGGAAAAGCCGGAGCCCUGGUGGGGCCCUGGCCGGCCGGGAGGUUUUCCACUCUCAGGCCCGAGAGCUCCUCUUCCAGCAGUUCACCCAGGAGCCCGCCCCCCUCAGCGCGGACGGGGCGCCCAGGCCUCUGCGUCCGGCCACGCUGCUCCCGCUCUGUAUCCCACCCUGACCUGGACUCACUCAGCCGCUCGCCUGUCUGUAAAGCACUGCUGUUCAUCUGCACAAACAAAGCCCACGCUUCCCGCCGCGGAGACACCAGCGGCUCGCCCACUUGAAGGCCUAUUGGAGGACGGCUUCCUGUCACCCGGAAGUCCUGGACACUGGUGGUGACCAUGGCCACGCGAGAGGAGGAGCCGCAGGACCGGGCCAUCGUCAGGAUCGCCGCCCACCUCCCAGACCUGGUCGUCUACGGAGACUUCUCCCAGGAGCUGCCCUCGCUGGACUCCUUCGACGGAGUCCUGAUGUUCGUGGACAUUUCAGGUUUCACGGCGAUGACCGAGAAGUUCAGCACAGCCAUGUACAUGGACCGCGGGGCCGAGCAGUUGGUGGAGAUCCUCAACUACUACAUAAGUGCCAUCGUGGAGAAAGUGCUGAUGUUCGGAGGAGACAUCCUGAAGUUUGCAGGUGACGCGCUGCUGGCCCUGUGGAAGGUGGAGCGGAAGCAGCUGAAGAACAUCAUCACCGUGGUGAUCAAGUGCAGCCUGGAGAUCCACGGGCUGUUUGAGGCCAAGGAGGCUGAAGAAGGCCUGGACAUCCGCGUCAAAAUAGGGCUGGCUGCCGGCCACAUCUCCAUGCUGGUCUUUGGAAAUGACACACGCAACUACUUUCUGGUGAUGGGUCAGGCGGUGGAUGAUGUGCGCCUUGCUCAGAACAUGGCGCGGAUGAACGAUGUCAUUCUGUCACCCAACUGCUGGCAGCUCUGUGAUCGGAGCAUGAUUGAAAUUGAGAGGAUCCCAGAUCAGAGAGCCGUGAAGGUUAACUUCUUAAAACCACCCCCUUCUUUUAACUUUGAGGAGUUUUUCACGAAGUGUAUGACCUUCAUGGAUUAUUACCCUGGUGAACACAAAAACUUCCUGAGACUUGCCUGCAUCCUGGAUUCCGAUCCCAAACUGGAGAUGUCCCUACAAAAGUAUGUGAUGGAAAACAUUUCAAAGCAGAUCGACGACAAACAACUUGGGGGUUAUUUGUCUGAGCUUCGCCCAGUGACGAUUGUGUUUGUGAACCUGAUGUUCAAAGAGCAAGACAAAGCGGAAGUCAUAGGCUCGGCCAUCCAGGAUGCCUGUGUGCACAUCACUUCUGUCCUGAAGGUCUUCCGAGGCGAGAUCAAUAAAGUCUUCAUGUUCGACAAGGGCUGCUCCUUCCUCUGCGUCUUCGGCUUCCCAGGGGAAAAGGCUCCCGACGAGGUUUCGCAUGCUUUGGAGAGUGCCGUCGAUAUAUUCGACUUCUGUUCUCAGGUCCACAAGAUCCACACCGUGUCCAUCGGCGUGGCCAGCGGGAUCGUCUUCUGUGGCAUCGUGGGGCACACCGUGAGACACGAGUACACGGUCAUUGGUCAAAAAGUCAACAUAGCCGCCAGGAUGAUGAUGUACUACCCAGGCAUCGUGACCUGUGACUCUGUCACCUACAGCGGCAGCAACCUACCGGCCUACUUUUUUAAAGAACUUCCAAAGAAAGCGAUGAAAGGCGUUGGGGAUUCCGGACCCGUCUAUCAGUGCCUGGGCCUGAAUGAGAAAGUCAUGUUUGGUAUGGCGUACCUCAUCUGCAACAGAAACGAGGGUUACCCUUUGCUGGGGCGUGAUAAGGAGAUCAGAUACUUCAUGCGUACCAUGAAGGAAUUUUUGAUGUCGAACUGCAGCCGAAUCCUAAUGUACGAAGGAUUAUUUGGAUAUGGGAAAAGCCAGAUACUUAUGGAAAUUGAGUACCUGGCUCAAGGUGAGAACCACAGGACCAUUGCUAUUGCGUUGACCAAGAUCAGCUUCCAUCAGAAUUUUUACACCAUCCAGAUACUCAUGGCCAACGUGCUAGGUCUGGACACUUGCAAACACUACAAAGAGCGACAGAGCAACCUUCACAACAGAGUCAAGAUGCUGCUGGAUGAGAAGUUCCACUGUCUUCUUAAUGACAUCUUCCACGUCCAGUUCCCUAUUUCUCGGGAGAUUUCCAGAAUGAGCUCGUUGAGGAAGCAGAAGCAAUUGGAAGCUCUGUUUAUGAAGAUCUUGGAACAGACAGUGAGAGAGGAGAGGAUCAUCUUCAUCAUUGACGAGGCCCAGUUUGUGGAUGUGGCCUCCUGGACCUUCAUAGAGAAGCUGGUCCGCACGGUUCCCAUCUUCAUCAUCAUGUCCCUGUCGCCCUUUGUGGGUCUUCCCUGUGCAGCGGCCAGUGCCAUCAUGAAGAACAGGAACACCACCUACAUCACCCUGGGGCCCAUGCAGCCCAGCGACAUCCGCAACAAGGUCUGCCUUGACCUCAACGUGCGCAGCAUCCCCAAAGAGCUGGACACGUACCUGGUGGAGGCCAGCUGCGGGAUCCCGUUCUACUGUGAAGAGCUGCUGAAGAACCUGGACCACCACAGGGUACUCCUUUUCCAGCAAAUGGAGUCUGAGGAAAAGACCAAGGUGACCUGGAACAACCUGUUCAAGAACUUCAUUAAGCCAACAGAGGACUUCAAAGCGUUUUCCCUCAGAAACGAGGAGGGAAAUGAAGAGGUCUGCAGCCUUGUCAGCGGUGUCCGGCUGAAAAACCUGUCGCCCCCCGCGUCACUGAAAGAAAUCUCGCUGGUCCAGCUGGACAGCAUGAGCCUCUCCCACCAGAUGCUGGUGAGGUGCGCGGCCAUCGUCGGCCUGACCUUCACCACGGAGCUGCUGUUCGAGAUCCUCCCGUGCUGGAACAUGAAGAUGAUGAUCAAGGCCCUGGCCACCCUCGUGGAGCUCAACGUCUUUUACUGCUUCCGCAACGGCAAGGACCUCCGCCUGGCCCUGAAGCAGAACGCCACCUCAUUUGAGGUGCACUACCGCUCCUUGUCUCUGAAGCCCAGUGAAGAGAUGGCUCACGGUGAGGAGGAGGAGCUCCAGGAACUGGAGGGCGAGGUGAUCGAGUGCCACAUCAUCCGGUUCUCCCGGCCUAUCAUGCAGAAGACGGCCUACGAGCUCUGGCUCAAGGACCAGAAGAAGGCCAUGCACCUGAAGUGCGCCCGCUUUCUAGAGGAAAACGCCCACAAGUGCGACCACUGCAGAAGCGGGGACUUCAUCCCCUACCACCACUUCACGGUAGACAUCCGCCUCAACACCCUGGACAUGGACGCCGUGAAGAAGAUGACCAAGCCUCAGGGAUGCCAAGCUAAAGAAGAGAUCAUCUUUCCUAAGUCAGAGGUUCCUAAGAGAUCUGAGUUAUUUCCUGAAAAUCUCAGUCCUGAAGAAAUAAAAGAUAAGAUCUUGGGGUUCUUUGACGUCAUUAUAACCAGGCUGCGGACAGUGGAGGAAGACAUCAUCCCUCUGGAAUCCUGCCAGUGUGAGGAGACCCUGGAGAUCGUCAUCCUGCCUCUAGCCCAGCAUUUUCUGGCCCUGGGAGAAAACAACAAAGCCUUGUAUUACUUCCUGGAGAUCGCAGCCGCUUACCUCAUCCUGGGCGAUAACUACAUGGCAUACAUGUACUUGAACGAGGGAGAGAAGCUGCUGAAAACUCUCAGGCAGAAAAAGUCUUGGAGUAGGACUUUUGAGUCUGCCACGUUUUACAGCCUCAAAGGCCAGGUCUGCUUUAACAUGGGCCAGAUGGUGCUUGCGAAGAAGAUGCUGAGGAAGGCGCUGAAGCUCUUCAACCGUGUCUUCCCUUACAACAUGAUCUCCCUGUUCUUCCAAACCCAUGUGGAGAAAAACAGACACUUCCACUACCUGAACCAGCAAGGCCAGGAGAGCUCGCCUCCAGGGAAGAAGAGACUGGCCCAACUUUACCGGCAAACCACCUGCUUCUCCUUGCUCUGGCGGAUCUACAGCUUAAAUUACUUUUUUCACUACAAGUAUUAUGGCCACCUGGCGGCUGUGAUGCAGGUGAACUCUGCGCUGGAAACGCAGAACGAUUUCCAGAUCAUUAACGCCUACCUGGACUAUGCGCUGUACCACCAGCUGGCUGGCUGCCAGGGCAUGUGGUUCAAGUAUGAAAUGAUGGCCAUGGAGCAGAUCGUACACCUCCCGCUCAAGGGCGAGGGCAUCGAGAUCGUGGCCUACGUGGCUGGCCGGCUGGCCUACAUCAAGUACACGAUGGGCCACCUGGACUUGGCCAUCGAGUUAGGCUCUCGAGCCCAUAAGUUGUGGUCACUGCUUCGGAAUCCCAACAAACACCAUCUGGUCCUCUGCAGACUUUGUAAAUCUCUCUUCCUAAAAAGCAGGUACAAGCAGCUGAUCCAGGUGCUGGGCUGGCUGUGGGAUCUUUCUGUGGCGGAAGAGCACGUCUUCAGCAAGGCGUUCUUCUAUUUUGUCUGUCUGGACAUCAUGCUCUAUUCCGGCUUUGUCUACAGAACAUUUGAAGAAUGUGUGGAAUUCAUAUACCAAAACGAGGACAACAGAAUUCUCAAGUUCCAGAGUGGAAUCCUCCUGGGGCUGUACUCCUGUGUGGCUAUCUGGUACGCCAGGCUUCAGGAGUGGGAUGAGUUCCACGUGUUUUCCAGCAGAGCCAAACACCUGGUGCCACAGAGAACCCCAACAGUUCUUUACUAUGAAGGAGUUGUCAGGUACCUGGAGGGGCAGGUUCUCUACCUGCAGAAGCAAAUUGAAGAACAGUCGGAGACGGCCCAGGACAGCGGGGUGGAGCUGCUCAAGAACUUAGAGAGUCUCGUGGCCCAAAACACCACUGGCCCCAUCUUCUACCCGCGACUCUACCACCUGAUGGCUUACGUCUGCAUUCUGAUGGGCGACGGGAAGAACUGUGACCUGUUCCUGAAAACAGCCUUGAGGCUCUCGGAGACCCAGGGGAACAUGCUGGAGAAAUGUUGGCUGACCAUGAGUCAGGAGUGGUGGUACUCCACCUCAGAGGGCACCGAGGACCACUGGCUUCAGACGGUGCUGAGCCUCCCUUCCUGGGAGAAGAUCACCUCGGGCAAGGUGAACAUCCACGACGUCCACAAGAACAAGUUCCUGAUGAGAGUCAACAUCCUGGACAACCCUUUCUGACUCUCCCGCUCACCUUCCUCCCGGCCGAUCCUGCAGGCACGUUUCUUCUUCCCAGAGGGUGGAGAGGGCUGGCAGGUCCUGCUGAAUCCCCCCGACCCUGCCCACUCGCCUCCACCGCCCUGCGCUGUUAGUCUGUGUUUUCUAGCCCGUGGGGGUUGUAUCAUAUGGGAAAACAUUAGUACCCAGGUGGGGUGGCAUCUUGAGUUGUGACAGACUUGU